UUUCUUUUUAUGUGGCAAAGGCACGGAGACGGUGCCUUGGAUUUGUUUCAGUUCUAAUACUUCGAAAUGGGAUUCGUUAAAGUUGUUAAGAAUAAGCAGUACUUUAAGAGGUAUCAGGUUAAGUUCAAGAGGCGCCGUGAAGGUAAAACCGACUAUUAUGCCCGAAAACGUCUAAUCGUUCAGGACAAGAAUAAGUAUAACACUCCGAAGUACCGUCUCAUUGUACGUCUUUCAAAUAAAGAUGUGACUUGCCAAGUGGCAUAUUCACGUAUUGAGGGAGAUCACAUAGUUUGUGCAGCAUACUCGCAUGAGCUGCCACGUUAUGGUAUCAAGGUUGGUCUCACAAACUAUGCUGCAGCAUAUUGUACUGGUCUCCUGCUGGCAAGAAGACUACUACAAAGACUUGGUCUCGAUUCUUUAUAUGCUGGCACAACUGAAGUUACAGGGGAUGAAUUCAAUGUAGAACCAGUUGACAAUGGACCUGGAGCUUUUAGGUGUUACCUUGAUGUUGGACUGGCACGAACAACUACAGGAGCACGUGUAUUUGGCGCAAUGAAGGGAGCUGUUGAUGGAGGCCUUAAUGUACCACACUCAAUUAAGCGAUUCCCUGGUUAUGAUGCUGAAGCUAAGAAAUUCAAUGCAGAAGUACACAGAUCACAUAUCUUUGGAAUACACGUUGCUGAAUACAUGCGUAAUCUGGAACAAGAAGAUGAAGACUCAUUUAAGAGACAAUUUGGAAAAUACAUUAAACUUGGUGUAAAUGCAGAUGCUAUUGAAAAUCUGUAUAAAAAAGCACAUGAAGCUAUCCGUGCUGACCCAUCCUAUAAGAAGAGAGACAGUAAAAAGGAUCCUGCAAAACAAAAACGAUGGAACAAACGCAAACUGACAUUGGCUGAAAGGAAAAACAGGAUCAAGCAAAAGAAAGAAUCCUUUAUAAAGAGAUUGCAAGCUCAGGCUGAAGCUUAAUCUUUAUUUAUACAGGAAAUAAAUGUUUCUUGGAAUAUA